GUUGCCUGUCACCUCCACCACUCGACAAGAUUAAUGGGGAAGGACUUGUGCUGCAGUCACUGGUCACGGAGAAACUGGACUGAAGUUUCCUCCUCCCAGUUAGCGACAUGAGACAACGGUCAGGCCAAACUGAAAGGCGGCACUCACAUUUGUGACAACAGAAACACAUUCCUGACUAACUUUCAUUGCCCUCGCUGUCUUCGGGUCAUUAGUUUUACUGCCGCAAGGACGUGCCCUGUGUGUCUGGUUACAGUCUGUAUAACAACAUGCUCUACGUGACUGGUUACAGUCUGCACAACGACAUGCUCUACGUGACUGAUUACAGUGUGUAUAACCCUGGCUCUACGUGACAGUAUGUACAAGGACGUGCUCUACGUGAUUGGCUACAGUCUAUACGACCUGUGAACAUCGUUACUGACCACAGCACUUUAUCCCAGGAAGAGAACAUGACAUACGUGACAGGCUACAUUCUACUCAAAUCUCAGCACCGGUACCAACCACAGCACUCCCCAGCACCGAUUGUGCACUAAAACAAGCCAGUGCCAAUCCCUACCCCCGAGAUUAGCACGUUAUAUAAUCAAUCUCGGUGUGCAAAACAAAGUCAGGGUUAGCGGAGGCCGCUGUAACCUGUGACCUUUACCUCCCUGUCCCGACCUCUUCCCUUGUUGCAGGUCACGACGGGUUGCUAGUCAGCGGCAGACAACUCCGCUCGACCGAGGCUGGCUGUCCCUGAACUAGUCAACUGUCAUAUGAAACUCCGUGGCUGUAGGUGUGCUGGCUACAUAUUGUGGUCCUCUGGAAUAUAGUGUGACUGUGUGAGUGGACAGCAAGCCCUAGGAAUAUUUAACAAGCAGUAUGAAGCCGGAUUUAGCAAAUUCAAGGCAAGAAUUUGCUAUGAAAUCUACAGACAUUUGUCUGCUGCUAAAGCAGCUUGAAGGAAAACAUUUCACUGACAGUGGAGUUCUGGAAAUGUUACAAGAUAUUCGCAAUAAGGUGAUGGCAACAAAAGGAGGAGUUCAGCGCUUAGUGAAAGCAGGUUGUGUCCCGUGCUUGGUCAGACUCUUUCAUCGUCAUGUGCAUGCAGAAGGAGUCAGAGACAAAGAGAGUCAAAGUGAGUGUGGAAUAAAUGUAGCUGUCAGCAUUUUGGCAAAUAUGUUCAUGGAUUCAGAGGCCAGAUCCCAGAUGAAAAAAGAUGGCAUAGAAACCCUUGUGACCAUUCUGAUGGACACCAGCAACGAAGAGGUACAGAUUCGCUGCAGCAGGGCUCUUGGAAAUCUUGCAAUGGAUACCUCGGCUGUAAAGACAAUAGCCCAGGCCAAGGCACUUCCAUGUUUAGUUAAACUCCUGAGAAUUCAAUACAUAGAGAAAGAUGAGGAGCUGGUGGACAGAAUAUUGCCUGUUUCAGAGUCUACACAUUCACAUGCUAGGCCUGCAGAGGUUGUGCAACAAGCAUCAGCUGAAAGACUUGAUGAUCCUGUCAUAGUGGAAAAGUUUCCAUCUGUGGCUUUGGUUCAGGCAGUCUGCAGAACUGUCAGAUAUCUUGCUGAUGAUGCCAGAGUUCGCACCCAGUUGGUGGAAGAAGGAGUGGUUGAAGCACUUGCUUUACUCCUCAAGGCUGAAAAGUCUGAGAUUGGUCAAUGCACUCUUCGUGCUCUUUUCCACUUCUGGACCAAAAUGAACAAACGAGUCACUGAGCGCAUGGCUUGUGAAGUUGCCCAAGCUGGUGCAAUCCCAAAUCUCAUGGAGCGAGUGAAAUCUGGGCUCAAUGAAACCUCACAACAGGCAUUUACUGUUCUUCUUCCACUGACUGAGCACCCCAGAACAGCUGCCCUUAUAGGGGCCUCAGGUGGUGUGACAUUUUUCCUCUCUCUUCAUGCAGAAUGUCAAAGCCAAUUUAAACAGACUGAUGUUGUGAGUGGCCUAUGCCACCUGGCAAGAGAAGCAGUCAAUCGUGUCAAAAUUCGAGAAGAAGCUGGACUGCGGGUAUUCCUGGAGACCCUCCAAGAUGAUAGGUUAAAGGCUGUUCAUGAUCGGGUCAUCAGCUGUCUGCUGAGCUUUCUGUAUGAUGAUGCCAGUCUUAACUCAAUGCUUCAUGAUGGUUUACUUGAUUUGCUGCUAAACCAUCUGCAGCGCUGCUGUGGCUAUUUGUCACAAAUGCCGGUCAACAUCCUGGAAGAUGCAGAGCUGCUGUUGACAGAAUCAGACCCUAAAGAUUGUCUUGCUGGCAGUCAUUUUGUUCCUGAACAAGAAGUAGGCUCAGAAUGUGGGAGGUCAUUGUAUGGCAACUAUUCACAUAUAAACCCUUCUGCAGAAGAAUUCACGCACUCCAAACAUCUACAUUCCUCUGUGCACCUUGAACUGAGGUCCCCAAAAAAAGUAAUAAAUGAGAAUGCUGUAGACUCUAAUGUUGAAAGCAUUCAGUCAGCUGUAGAGAAUAGUUCUGAAACUGCUGUAAAGCAAAGAAUGCAAGCCUUAGGACAAAGGGCAUCAAGCAAUAGUACUGAGGAAGAUGAAUGUGAAAACAGUGUGGACCAGCGAGACCCUACAUACAGCAUGAAUAGCCCUACAUAUGAAUCCAAAAGUACUUGGAGCAUGGAAGACUACCAUCAUGGUGUCACUCAUAAAUCAUUUGCUGGCAGUGGUUUUCCUUACUCUCCUGACUGGGACCGAUCAUCUCCUUUAAGUCCCUUAAGCACAGAUACUUACUAUUCUCCCACCCAUGUGGCUCAGUUUUCACCGCCUCAGUCCAGUUGUAUGUCACCUGCUGACACUGAUGCUGCUUUUUCACCUAUUUAUUCAUCUGGUGGGAGCAAAGAUGAUAUUUCUGAAUAUGGCGUACAUCAAGAAUGUGCUUCUCCGAAGACAGUUUUUGGGGAAAACCCUUUUCCCUAUAGUCAACAAAGACUGGCGUUGUCACAACAAAGUCUGAGUCCAUUAUCAUCAGAUUCACCUAUCUCCAAUAUAAAUUCAGGUGUUCUUUUAUUCUCGUCAUCAGAGGAUGAAGAUGAAUUUUUUGUAGAUGACACGCUGCAGAGCUGCAAUACACCUCCCCCAGUAGCCAGAAGAGAGCAGCAUGGUAGAGUCAACAUUAGGUCAGAAGAAUGUGAGAGUUUUCAGCAUAGGCCGACAGCAGAGUGCAAACAAAAGAGAAGAGACACUGAUUUAAUGACCUCAGGUCAUGUGUCCCAGCUGAUGACAGAACCAGGUAUGAAAUGUGAAGAGGCUGCCCAACAGCCACUCGGUUUGAUGCAUUGUGUCAAAAGAUUUCUGAAUAUGGAUCACAGUGAAAAUGAUUGUCUUGAUAAAGGAAAAGCUUCCAUGAUAUGUCAGCCAGGGAAAUAUGCCAGAACCUCCGAAACCAACAUUCUCAUUCUUUUAUCCAGAAUUUCAGUCUGGGAUGAUCCAAGUCAACUCCUGGCAAGGCCUGCAGUGAUCUCAUGUUUGGUGAACUAUCUGUCUCUGGCAAGUCAGCCGCAAGAUCGUUGUGAGCGGAUUAUGUCGAGAGUCAUGUCCAGCCCGAAGUGCUUGGCCAGCCUGCUGUCUAUGUGUGCCCCAGCUGUUAUUGUCAAAGGAUGCUUGUUGCAGCCAGCGAAGGGAGUGCUUGCUCAUUUUAAAAGUCUUGAUUCAUCACCCAGUACAAAGUUGCAACGUGGCACAACUCACUUUGUCAUGCAGGAAAAGGACACACUGCACUCAACUGUAAAUGAUGAUUGUUUCUCACCACAAGCCUGUGCCCAACACAUUCUUCUCUCUGUGGAGAUGGAGUCACAGGCAAGCACCCUCUUAGCUUGUGGCCAGGAUCAGGGACAAGUUUUGAAGUUGGCCAGGACUGGGCUUAAGCUGUUGAGCGAUUUGAGUUACCAGGCGAUGUCUCCAUAUGGGCAAGGCAUCAUCAAUAACACAUUGUUGCGCCGGUCACCACCUUAUCAACUGCUCUUUGCUAUCAGCCUACUUUUCCUGCUACCACAAUGGAGCACAGAAAAGCAAAGGAAACUUCUAUUUCACUUUGGAACGCUUGAGAAAAUUCUGUCUGCACUCUGCCGUUCACACCCUACCAGUCGAAUCACCAAAGAUGUAGCAGUAAUGGGACUUGUGUUUCUUCUUCAACAUCUGAAAGUGGCCUCUAGAUUUGAGGCACAAAAAACACGACAUCUGCUUCAGAGAGUUAUUGAUAAUAUGACAACUGAAGCUGAUAAUAAUAAAACUGACAAAGUCCCAGAAAGGGAAAUGAUUUGUCAGACCUUUGGUACUUCAGUGGAUCAUGAGUUCAAAGAAAUGGGAAAGCCUAUAACUACAUCACAGGAUGGAUUGCAAACAUCACUGAAAUCUCCUUGUGCCUAUGCUACUUCAGUGAAAGAUCUUCAGCUUGUGACAGGGAUGUGUGAGAAGAUACCUGUCAACAGAGAUGCCUUGAUAAGAAACUCAGCAAUGUUUGCAGCCAUGCUGAAGGGUAGUUAUGUGGAGUCAAAGCAGUCAGAAAUUACCAUUCAGAACACCAAUCCAGAAGCUCUCUGUUUUGUUCUGCAUUUUCUUCAUGGAUGCACAACAGAAUGCCAGGUGGUGUCCUACUUUGAGCAGAUGAGUUUUAGAGGCACAGGCCAGAGCCUGCAGAAUGUUUCUGAAAGCAGCAAAGACAAGAACAACAGGUGUAAUGCCUCAGAGCAGCAAAACACUUUACUCCUUUGCUACAAUGCAAUUUCCAUUGCAGAUCGCUUUCUUAUUCCCGAACUUGUACUGUACCUUGAUUGCGUGCUAAGCCAGCAGCUCCUAAAUGCGCCAAUCUCCAUAGAUGUUUUUAGGUUUGCUGUCUUUCAUGGCCUAACAGGUCUUGCUGAGGACAGCUUGCUCACCUUGCUCUUGUCACAUCAGCCCCUGGCAAAUAUAGCUGCACAUGUGAUAGACCUUGCUGAAGGUGAGACUGGCAGUGACCUAGUCAGUGCCAUGACAGGUCUCGUGAGGAGAUGCCUACCUCACACUGGCUAACCCAGAGCCAAAGGACAGGAGGAAGGGCAAUGUGGUUUUCAAGGAAAAUGUGCACACAGUACCUAUAUUCAGAGCCACUUGAAUCCCAGUUAGAAUAAGUGGAUCAAAUUAGGACUGGAAAUAAUAAAAGAUGCUUUUUAAACAUUCAGUUUUAUUUGAUAGGCAGUUAUCAGUUUAUGUUGACUGCUUUGAAAUAAAACUUAGUGGUAUAUUUGCAGUAGCUGUAUGGUAUGUGCACCAUUUCCUAGUGGUCCUCUUAUGUUCACAAAAAAGCCUACACCAUUUUCAUCUAAAGCUUGUCGCUUUUAAUUUUGCUCCCAGUCACCUCCCAUUGCACUAUUCUAAAACUCCCAGUGAGACUUUACAAGGACCACUGCUAAGGCACCAGAAUGCCAUCACUAGCUAUACCAGAAAUCAGCAGAACUUUCGUAUGUAAACCAAACAGAACUAAAGCUAUUGUUGAGUCAAAUGAUACCAAGAUGGCUUUCAAUACAUUUAUUUAUGGGAAAAAA